AUACCGCAGCGCCCAGACAGGGGCGGAGGCUGGGAACCGAAGCCGGUGCGGGAGGGGGUUCCGGGGCGCGGCCCCUCCCGCCGGCCCGCUUGGUGCGCUCCGGGGCGGGCCGGCGGGCGGGCCGUGGCGGUGAGGCAGGCGCGCAGGGCGGCGGCGCAGUCUACACCAUGGCGUACCCGGGGCAUCCUGGCGCCGGCGGCGGGUAUUACCCAGGCGGGUAUGGAGGCGCUCCCGGAGGACCCUCGUUUCCCGGACAAACUCAGGAUCCACUAUAUGGUUACUUUGCUGCUGUAGCUGGACAGGAUGGGCAAAUAGACGCUGAUGAAUUACAGAGAUGCCUGACUCAGUCAGGCAUUGCCGGAGGAUACAAACCUUUUAACCUGGAGACUUGUCGGCUUAUGGUUUCAAUGCUGGAUAGAGAUAUGUCAGGCACAAUGGGUUUCAAUGAAUUUAAAGAACUCUGGGCUGUACUGAAUGGCUGGAGACAACACUUCAUCAGUUUUGACAGCGAUAGGAGUGGAACAGUGGAUCCUCAGGAACUGCAGAAGGCCCUGACAACAAUGGGAUUUAGGUUAAGUCCCCAGGCUGUGAAUUCAAUUGCAAAACGAUACAGCACCAAUGGGAAGAUCACCUUCGAUGACUACAUCGCCUGCUGCGUCAAACUGCGAGCUCUGACAGACAGCUUUCGAAGACGGGAUACUGCUCAGCAAGGUGUUGUGAAUUUCCCAUAUGAUGAUUUCAUUCAGUGUGUCAUGAGUGUUUAAAUCAAGAGGAAGCUGUAUGGACAUAAUCAACAUUCCAACUGGAGUUCUCUUUUGCUCUUACUCCUCGCCUUUUCUAUGUGUGUAAACUUACACUGCCGCUUUUCCUUAACAGCUGUUGUAAAGGUUUAUUACUUUAUGUACAUCUGAAGUUUCAUUUUUUGUUUUGAUAAUAAAUCCUUUGGAAUUUUGUUAAUCUGUUCUAAAUGUUACACCAUUUAGAACUUCCUUGAGCCAUUAAUUAUGCCUUAUUUUCUUGCUAAACCUCUUUAGGUAAAUUUAAGUGUGCAAAAUGAUAUAUUUCUCAUUGUGGGAUACUAAGCCCUUUUCAUCAGACUGCAGCUGUUGUCUUUCCUCUCCUAGAAGGGCUUUUGCAUGGUAUUGAAAGCUAUGUGCGGGGAGUAUUCUUAUCAUGUAAGUGGUUUAGACCACUUGGAUGCAAAAAAGAAACAUGGUAAUCGAUAUCAGGCUUCACCUUAGUGGAAACUUAGCACAGGCUUUACGGCUUACAGAUAUUUUGAUGGCCAUGUGAAUGGACAGGGAACAUGAGUGAUUAUUUUCUGCUUCUUGAAAACCUAUUGGAUAAUUUGAGUGGGAAAUACUGUCUGUCACCAGGUUCCUCUUUGUCAUCAUCCAUAUAAACCUUUGUUAAUAUACUUAAAAACCUUGUACAUUAUGAGCUUGCCUAUGUAAAAAAGAAAAUCGAUAGAAAAAGAUGAAGAGAUUAUAUGAAAAUAUUAACGACGGUUAUGUUUGGCUAAUGAGAUUCUAGGUGACUUUAAUUUCUUUAUAUAUUUCAGUAUUUUCCAAGUUUUCUAUAAAGUGUGUGCUUUCCUUAUAAAAUCAGAAUAUGUUUAAAAUAUUGAUACUUCCAUUUUGAUAUGCCAUGUGUUCACGCUUACAUUAAAAAAUAUACACAGUAAAAGUACUGGAAAGAAGGUACCGAUAUGUUGAUGUGACUACCACUGGGAGUCAGGAUCAUGAGUUCAUUUUCUUCCUUUGUACUACUUUUCCAAAUAUUCUCUGAUAAGCAAGUAUUACAUUUAUAAUGGAAGAGAUUUUUCUUUUUCAUUUUGAAACCAUGUGCUUUUAAGUAAAAUCUGGAUUCUAAUGCUGGCUGUGCCUCUUACUAAAUAUGUGGUUUGAUCAUUUUAGAAAAUCUCAGAGCCUCAGUUUCCCUAUCUUUGAAAAGGAGAUAAUACCUCAUGGGGUAGGGGUAGUUCUGAAUAUGAAAAAAUGUGUUGCUUUAAGCACCAAUAAUGUUUCUGUUGCUUAAAUUUAAAACUAGCCUAGUUUGCUCUUUUUUGCAAGAGAGCUUAACAGAUAAAACAAUGAAAUUAGUCUAUGUUCUCCCUGUCCGCAGAAUAUCUGUCUUAUUUUAGGGUACAAUGUGAGAGUUACCAUUCAGAUGAUCAGUUAAUUGUCAACCAAUGAAAAUAAAACAUUUCUAAGCAUC